UUUUACCAGGAACAUUAAUUUAACACUCGCAUGAUAUCAUAUACAACGUGGAAGCGUAUUAUUUCCGCUUCCACUUGUGCCUUCUCCGUUUCCAACUCCUUUCGUGUUGCCAGCGUCAAACAUGGACAGCCGUUCUAUCUCGAAGAAAAGAAAGUUUGUCGGAGACGGAGUCUUCAAAGCGGAAUUAAACGAGUUUUUAACUCGUGAACUUUCGGAAGAUGGGUAUUCAGGGGUAGAGGUACGUGUUACUCCUCACCGUACAGAAAUUAUAUUACUGGCAACGCAUACGCAGAGCGUUCUCGGAGAAAAGGGUCGGAGAAUCAGAGAAUUAACAUCUGUGGUUCAAAAGCGAUUUAACUUCAAAGAAGCACAGAACAUCGAGUUGUAUGCUGAGAAAGUUGCAACUCGAGGUCUUUGUGCUAUCGCGCAAGCAGAAUCUCUGCGUUUCAAGUUAAUUGGAGGUUUAGCUGUACGAAGAGCAUGCUAUGGAGUUCUGCGCUUUAUUAUGGAAUCAGGCGCAAAGGGUUGCGAAGUGGUUGUUAGUGGCAAACUGCGUGGACAGAGAGCAAAGUCCAUGAAAUUCGUAUAUUCGUGUAGAUAUUUGCCAUUUGCAAAUAUUCAUACGGAAUAUUAA